AGGAGGAAAGGGAGACGUGAUAUUUUUAGGGGUGGCACUCAGGGUGAGUCAGGAUGCCGGAGUCCUUUAAGGUGAGGAGCUUGACAGCUGGAAAUAAAGUAGGAAAAGAUGUUAGAGCAAGAAGAGAAUGGCUUGUUUGAAAUACCAGAUUAUGAUCGUAUAGAAGAUGAAACUUUUCCUCCCUUCCCACCUCCAGCCUCUCCUGAGAGAGAUACUGCAGAACCUGAACCUGAUGAAGGGAGUGGAGCACCUGUUCCUGUACCACCAAGGAGAACAGUUAAAAGGAAUCUACCCAAGCUAGAUGCUACUAGAUUAACUUCAGAGAGAGGGCUUCCAGCCUUAAGGCAUAUGUUUGAUAAGAUAAAAUUCAAGGGGAAAGGUCAUGAGGCUGAAGACUUGAAAACGCUAAUCAGACACAUGGAGCACUGGGCACAUAGGCUAUUCCCCAAACUGCAAUUUGAAGAUUUUAUUGACAGAGUUGAAAACCUGGGAAAUAAAAAGGAGGUUCAGACCUGUUUAAAACGAAUUCGACUUGAUCUCCCUAUUGUACAUGAAGAUUUUGUUAACAAUAAUGAUGAAGUUGAAGAAACUAAUAACCUCGAUGCAACUGCAGCUGGAUUUGAUCCCUUUUUGACAAGCUCAUCUGACAGCAAGAAGUUGGCUUCUGAAUCAAGUAGAAGUCUAACAGAAGAGCAGCAGCAGAGGAUUGAGAGGAAUAAACAACUGGCCUUGGAAAGAAGGCAGGCAAAGCUACUGAGUAAUAGCCAGUCCCUAGAAAAUGAGGUGUUAGUGAGCACAUCCUGGGCACAGACAGUGGAAGAGAGCAGUACUGGUGAGGAUCAAGAAGACUCAGGUGCAUUAAACACAGAGACUGCAGAUGCUCCACGUGUUCCUUCUGCCAAUACAAAUGAAGAGGAACAGUUCGAAGCAGAGGAACCAUUCUAACUUGGACUAACCAGAAACGUUCCAACUAGCCAGACUUCCACAACAGAAUCCUGCAGAGUUUCGGGUUAUUUGUAAGUUUUUCUACUUUGUAUAAGUCAUAAAACUUCUAUGGAUUCCUGCUUAAAAUACAAUGACUAUUUAUAAUUGUGUUUCCUACUUAUUUUAGUACAUUUAUUUAUUAUUUUUUGCUGUACUAUAUAAAUUUGACUUUAUAAAUUGCUUCCAGUUUGCACUGAAUUAUUUCUCACUAAAUUGGGUAAUGUUUUAAAAUGUAAAU